CCCAGGCUCUGUAGACUGGAGCAAGGCCAAGUGUUCACAUUCCUCCCACUGUUUCUCUGCUGUACAAGCUUCAGAAACAGGCUGGGCACUGAUUUGAGAUCAGUUUGCUGUGGUACAAAAGGGCAUAGCAGCCAAAAGGGCAGUAUAGAGAGAGAGAGCUUUCACACACCCUUCACUCUCUACCUCGUUCACUUUUGUGUGCUGGAACAAGGGCAGACGGAUUUUACAGACACAUUAAAUUCCUCUGCUCUGAUUGCCACAGAAUAGCUCUUUCUUUGUUGUUUGGUCACAGGAAUUCCAGGUCACAAGGAUUCCUCCGACAAGCAUGACCCCACCUGUGACAGAUUCAUUUCCUCUCCAGGAGUGAGACCUGUGGCACUGACUUCAAGAGGAACCGAAGACAGUAACAGGGACUUUUUAGAGUUCUUUUUGGAAAUGAUGGGCUUGUUGUCACUGGACCGGAGUGCUCUUCUGGUGGUGGCUGCUGUUUUUGGGAUGUACCAGUUUGUAGAAGGUGGAUGCUCAGGAAGGUGCUGUCAAGGUACAGAUUUCACCUGUGCCACUACUGACUGGAGGAUGGACCGUGUCUAUGAGACAUGUUAUUGUGAUGAGAGGUGUUUAAAAACUAAAGACUGCUGCUUUGACUACCCAACAGAGUGUCCAGCUCAGCCGUGUGUAGUGAGUGAGUGGAGUCAUUGGAGCGGGUGCGCACAACCCUGCCAGCCCUCAUUCCGGGUCCGGAGACGUAGUGUUGAGAGACUGCCCCAAAACAGCGGACAGGCCUGUCCGAGGCUGGAGGAACAGGCCGGAUGCAUGGAGUAUCAGGACCGCCAGGGAGAGUUUUGUGCUUCUGUGCAAGGAGCAGCAUUUAUAACAACAAUGGAGUACAGCAAAGGCAGAACACAUGAUUUGUAUGGGGCCCCAGUGGAUGCUGGUUUCUGUAUGGAGUUCAAGAUGGAGUCUCUGACAGCGCAGUGCAUGGUGGAGAACAGACCCUACACGCGCUGGAUGCAGUACUUGAGGGAGGGCUACACCGUCUGUGUGGCCUGCCAACCUCCGGCGAUGAACAACCACAGUCAGAGCUGCCAAGGAGACGGUAACCUAGCUGAGAGGGAUGAGCUUCUACACUGGCAGGCAGUGGGCAGCCCUCACUGCAGAGGAACAUGGAGGAAAGUUCAGAGACUACAGCACUGCUCCUGUCCACAUGUGCACAGCUUCAUUUUCAUUUAAACACACCUAAGAUGAUUCUUCACUCCCUUGUUAAAAUCCACAAAUGAACAUGUCCCAUUACAUAAUUCAGAAAACCAAACAAAUCACACUUUCACAUAUAUUUAUUAAAAGCUCUUUAGUUUUUACAGUUAUUUCAAACUCCCUUCUUCCUUUGAAAAUCUCUAGGAACAGAUUUAAAGCAAAAAAAUACAAAAACAAAAAAGCGCUCACAUUUGCCUCACUUGCAUCCUCUACUGGACAAAUUUUGGUCUUAUGGUUCAAACAAGCAACAACAGAAAGCUUUUAAAGCCGUUUUUCCAGCAGGGAUACUUCUGCUAAAUAGUUUUUACUUUUAAUUCACAAAACAGUGCUCGUGAAACACAUUUUGUGAAAUUACAAGCAUAACAAUGGAAUUAUUCACUGAACUCUGAAACACUUGUGUGUAUAAAUGCAUUACUUAAACUUAACCGAAAUAAAGAAAGGAGUAAAAAAGU